UUUUCCUUUUUUUUUUUUUUUUUUAUCUCCUUUAAUAACAUAUUAAUAAUAUAAAGAUGGGAUUGGCCUUAGAAAAAUGCUGUUGUUUUAUACCACUUCGUACAGGAACAUUUAUUAUUGCGCUUUAUUUCUUUAUUGCUUACUUAUUUGAUGCUAUUACUGGAUUCCUUGGAGUGAACUCCAUUAUUGUAUAUUCAGGACAAAUAGCAAAAGCAUGGUAUUAUAUAAAUUUAUUAUUCACUGUUCUAGUAUUCGUGGGUGGCUUUUCUGGUAUUAUUGGAUCAUUAUUUGCACAAAGAAAGUCAGCUCGAUUCUUUAGUAUAAUUGUCUGGAUUUGUUGUACUUUAUCAUUUAUAAAAUACCUUAUUUCACUUGUAUUAAUGAUUGUCUUCCGUCAAAAUAUGAUUAAUGCUUGUGUUCGAUCGGGUAUUGUUAGUAUUGGCAAUGCUCAAAAUGGACUUGGACCAGUUAGUGUAUCAAUAGGAAGUUAUUAUACACCUGUCAAAUAUCCAAAUACAAUGAAUGCUUUUGCAACUUCACCUGAAGAAUGUGAACAUUCCGUUAAAUUAAUCAUUAUUCUUUGGGGUGUAAUUGUUGGUAUAAUGCAAUUUAUACAGGUGUAUUUUGCUUCUGUAGUGAGUACUUAUGCUACUCGAAUCCGUAGUGGUGCUCGUCAUCAUAGACUUCAUGAUCAACAAAUUAAAGAUUUCGAAGAAUCUAGAUUUCACAUGUCAACUGUUUAUUAAUGGGUGUCAUCCUUAGUAGUAAUGGUAGUAGUAUUAUAGACUGGUUUCUAUAAAUACAUAUAUGCAUAUAUACGUAU